UCUCGUCUCCCACCAUCCAUCCUGAUCCAUCAAGAAAUCUUCUUUCUCAGAUUCCUACAGCAAAUCAUGCACGCUCCUCCCCUCCCCUCCCUCCAAAGUUAAACGGUCGGUGUGGUCGCUCCCGAUUCCCUUAUUAUCGUCGUCUAUCAUUAAUCAUUUCCUGCUGCUUUAAAUCCAUCCUCUUCUAAUCCCUUUAGAAUCUUUCCUCCUCCACUCUACCCUACUCUACUCUAACCUACUAUUAUAUCUACCUACCCCCUCCCUCCCUCAUCCUCCAUCGAUUCGAUUCAUUCACUCCUUCGUCGAUGCCGAUGCAAUGACUUCCGGGGGAUUCCCAUUCCCUUCAUUCCUUAUUCCCAUUUCGAUUCUGACCCGCUUUCUGCUACAUCUUUCUUGAAUUUCUUCGCUGCCCUGCCCACAAGUCUUGAUAUUGACUUCUCUUUUCUGGAUUGGCGUUUUUGUAUAUAAAUUUGCCUUCUUUUUUCCCCCCUCCCCGUUUUGUAACUGUUGUGGAAAUGGGGAAUUGCUUUGGGACGCAGAGCAAAUCGGCGGGGGGAAUCGCGCCGUCGGAUAUGGUGAAUUCGCGUCCGGCGAUCAAAUUGUACGGCCAACAGGACAGCUCCGCCACUUCCCACAUCCGAUUCGCGCUUCUCUACAAGCCCGUCGCUCUCCAAUUCGUCCCUUCCGAGGCGCACCAAAACCCUACCCUUAUUUACAAAUCCGACGUCGUUUCCGGCUCCGCGGAAGAAAUCCUCCGUUACUUGGACGCCAAGUUUCCCGACCCGCCCUUGGUCGUCGCCGGUGAUACUACUGCCUCCCGCAGUAGUAUAUGGGGCUGGUGCGGGGAGAACACGCCGACGGUGGUGUGGGUGGCGCAGCUCCAGCACCGCAGCAUCACCUUUCAUCUGGAGAGGAUGGUGAGGUGGGCGGAGGACAUAGCGGCGCGUGGGGGGAACGCGAGGGGGGAUCCCUCUAUGGGGAGCCCCAGAAUGGAGGUGAAAAAAUUCGCCAAGGAGUACUCGCAGUUGCUGCAAGUGAUGCUGGAGCACGCCCAGAUGGAGGAGAGGGUUCUCUUCCCCAUUCUCGAAUCUGCCGAUCCAGGAUUAUGUAAAGAUGCAAACGAGGAGCACGCCCGACACCUGCCUAUGAUGAAUGGAAUCAAAGAAGAGAUCAAGGUAAUUGGAGUAAUGAAUUCAGGUAGUCCUGAUUACCAAGAGGGUCUCGACAAUCUUUCAUCUCGUCUCUUCCAAUUAAAGGAAAACUGCAAGCAGCACUUUGAAGAGGAGGAAAAAGAUCUGUUGCCGCUGAUGGAGGCCACAGAGUUAAACAAAUCACAGCAAGCAAAAGUAUUGGAACAGUCACUAGACGUGAUGCGUGAUACCCAUUCUCACCUGUUUCGCUUCUUCAUGGAUGGCCUACGGCCUCAUGAUGCUGUGCAAUACUUUGGCUUGAUCAAGAAAUACUGCAAUGGUAUCCGGGUAUCGCUUAUGCUCCACAUGAUGUUUGACUAAAGGUACUCUGGCCUGUAUGAUCAAGAAAUACCUGCUGCAAUGGUGUUUGGUCACUUAUGCUUCGCAUGAUCGAUGCUUGACCGAUAACAUUUAGCUUGUGUUUUUUGAUGCAACUGACUUAGUGGAAUAUCAGCGAACUUUGACCGCACUGUGCUAAAAUUUUUCGUUUUAAGUAUUAACCGACAACUUUUUACAGUUGAAAUCAAGUGUAGAGUUCUUAAUUGCUACAUAUUUAGGUGAACAUCUUUGUUCUGGUACAGCUUCUGUACAUGAUUGUAUUUGCAAUCUAAUGCGAAAUGUUCGAUCUA